UUUUUUCCCUCUUAUUUAUUUUUCAAUGGAUAUGCUUAUUUCUUUUAUCUUUCCAACCAGCCCUCUCUAAAAUAUUCUGCCCUCGAGACUGUCUCGAAAUAUUGAAUUUUUUGUCUUUUACUUCUUCGCUAAAGUCUAAGCCUUGCUUUCUCUUUUUUUUAUUUUUCCAUGCCGUUUUUAGUAGUUUUUACAAUUUCCGACAGCCAUCACCCUUCGGCGUUUGUCAUGGCGAACAAAAGAAAAAAGGCAACGUGUUCUUUUUUUUUGCAAGUUAAUUUAAAUAAAUUUUUUAAAACUUUAAUUUUAAAUUGUUUUGUCCAAUUCUUUUUUGAUUUAAAAAUUAAAUUUUAACUUUUUAAAAUAUAUUUUGUAAUUUACCGUAUAACCUGUAUUAAUUGACCCCUCCCCCUUUAAAUAGUUACCCCAUUUCUAUUAAUUACCCCUUCCAGUUGAAACAAAAAUUGCCCCUCGUUAAUUGCCCUCCCCCGAUUAAUUACUUCCUCCAACGGAAGGUCGAAACCCAGGGUAGUUAUUAAAAGUUUGCCUCUCUU